GCCGUCUAUCUUGCAGAUGGCGGAGCCGGACAGCUGGUGCUGCUGCUAGCUCAUAUUCGUUUGAUUUCUGAAGGAAAUGUAUUUAAGUGUAUCGUUUUGAGAGCAUUUCAGUUAAACUGCUAUUUUAUUCUGUCGAGUUUUCACAUGAAAUUGUAAACCUAUUUAAUACGCGCGUUUUGUACAGUAUUUAUUUCGCAGCUAGCAGCCGGUUAGCAUCUUUGUUGGAAGUUUAGGCCUACUGUGCCACCGCUUGUCGAUUUUAACAAUAGCCGCGAUACACUCCCCUCCGCUUGUUUUGGUACACUCAAAGGAUUAUCUGCUAACGCAAACGGAGAAAGAACAUGGAAGAUAAACGGGUCCGGGUACAUUUCAGCAAGUGAGACCUUUGUUAUGCUGGCGGACAUUUAAUUCAACUGGAACUGAAGACAUUUUGAGAGGUGCAUCAGAAAAUAUAAGCAUCACAAAGGAAGAUGUCCAACGGCGCAGCAGGAAGCGGGGGUCUGGCGUGGAUGGAGGCUGCGAAUGGCAGAAGUGAAACUGGCAAGAUGGAAGGGGCCAAGAAGGACAAGGCAGGCUCCAAGUUGUCCGUGGAGAGAGUGUACCAGAAGAAGACCCAACUAGAGCACAUUCUCCUCCGUCCAGACACAUACAUCGGCUCUGUGGAGCCCGUCACCCAGCUAAUGUGGGUUUUUGAUGAAGAGAUCGGAAUGAACCAGAGAGAAAUCACCUACGUUCCUGGACUGUACAAAAUCUUUGAUGAAAUUCUCGUCAAUGCAGCAGACAACAAACAAAGGGACAAGAACAUGAAUACCAUUAAGGUCACCAUCGAUCCUGAGUCCAACACCAUUACUAUCUGGAACAAUGGUAAAGGAAUACCAGUGGUGGAGCACAAGGAUGAGAAGAUGUACGUCCCAGCUCUCAUUUUUGGCCACCUGCUCACCUCCAGCAACUAUGACGAUGACGAGAAAAAGGUCACAGGUGGGAGGAACGGGUACGGUGCUAAACUCUGCAACAUCUUCAGUACCAAGUUCACAGUGGAAACUGCCUGCAAGGAAUACAGACACAGUUUCAAACAGACGUGGCAGAACAACAUGGGCAAGACUUCGGAUCCCAAGAUCAAGUUCUUUGACGGGGACGAUUUCACCUGCGUGACGUUCCAGCCAGACUUGUCCAAGUUCAAGAUGGAGAAACUGGACAAGGAUAUUGUAGCACUUCUUACCCGCAGAGCAUACGAUGUAGCCGGCUCCUGCAGGGGCGUUAAAGUCAUGCUGAACGGGAAAAAACUGCCUAUUACUGGGUUCCGCAGCUAUGUGGAUCUGUAUGUGAAGGACAAACUGGACGAGACGGGCGUGGCUCUAAAGGUGGUGAAUGAGACUGUGAAUGAUCGUUGGGAGGUUUGCCUCACCCUGAGUGAGAAGGGGUUCCAACAAAUCGGCUUCGUCAACAGCAUCGCCACGACCAAGGGUGGCAGACACAUUGACUAUGUGGUGGACCAGAUAGUGAGCAAACUUAUUGAAGUGGUGAAGAAGAAGAACAAGGCGGGAGUGUCAGUCAAACCCUUCCAGGUGAAGAACCACAUCUGGGUGUUUGUGAACGCGCUGAUCGAGAACCCCACCUUUGACUCCCAGACCAAGGAGAAUAUGACACUCCAGACGAAGAGCUUUGGGUCCAAGUGCCUUCUGUCAGAGAAGUUUAUCAGGGCUGCAACCAACUGUGGGAUCGUUGAGAGUAUUCUCAACUGGGUGAAGUUCAAAGCUCAGACACAGCUGAAUAAGAAGUGCUCAUCUGUGAAGCACAGCAAGAUCAAAGGCAUCCCCAAGCUAGACGACGCCAACGAUGCUGGUGGCAAACACUCCUCUGAAUGCACACUCAUUCUCACUGAGGGAGACUCAGCCAAGUCUCUGGCUGUCUCUGGACUGGGAGUCAUCGGGCGUGAUCGCUAUGGAGUGUUCCCCCUGAGAGGAAAGAUCCUAAAUGUGCGAGAGGCAACACACAAGCAGAUCAUGGAAAAUGCUGAGAUUAACAACAUCAUCAAAAUCGUUGGCCUCCAGUACAAGAAGAGCUACGACGACGCAGAGUCACUGAGGACCCUGCGCUACGGCCGGAUCAUGAUCAUGACUGAUCAGGAUCAAGAUGGCUCCCACAUCAAAGGUCUGCUUAUCAACUUCUUCCACCACAACUGGCCGUCCCUACUGAAACACACAUUCCUGGAAGAGUUUAUCACACCCAUUGUCAAAGCGACCAAGAACAAGCAGGAGCUGGCCUUCUACAGCAUUCCCGAGUUUGAUGAGUGGAAGAAACAGACGGAGAAUUAUAAAACCUGGCAUAUAAAGUACUACAAAGGUUUGGGUACAAGUACAAGCAAAGAGGCAAAGGAAUACUUUGCUGACAUGGAGAAGCAUCGCAUCACAUUCAGGUACAGCGGUGCGGAGGAUGACGCUGCAAUUACUCUGGCCUUCAGUAAGAAGAAGACCGACGACAGGAAGGAGUGGCUGACAAAUUUCAUGGAGGACAGACGCCAGAGGAGGAUGCACGGCCUGCCAGAGCAAUACCUGUAUGGAAAUCAGGCCAGGCACCUCUCCUACAACGACUUCAUCAACAAAGAGCUGAUUCUGUUCUCCAACUCUGACAAUGAGAGAUCCAUUCCAUCCCUGGUUGAUGGAUUAAAGCCCGGCCAGAGGAAGGUUCUGUUCACCUGCUUGAAGAGAAACGACAAGAGGGAAGUGAAGGUGGCACAGCUGGCCGGCUCAGUGGCAGAGAUGUCUGCCUACCAUCAUGGAGAGCAAGCUCUCAUGAUGACCAUCGUGAACUUGGCCCAGAACUUUGUGGGCAGUAACAACGUGAACAUCCUGCAGCCGUUGGGUCAGUUUGGUACUCGCAUCAAUGGAGGCAAAGAUGCUGCCAGCCCUCGUUACAUCUUCACCAUGCUCAGUCCGCUUGCGAAGCUGUUGUUCCCAGCAGGGGAUUCCAACCUGCUCAAGUUCCUGUACGAUGACAACCAGAAGGUGGAGCCUGAGUGGUACAUCCCCAUCAUUCCAAUGGUGCUAGUGAACGGCGCUGAGGGCAUCGGAACAGGCUGGGCGUGUAAGAUCCCCAACUACGACCCCCGAGAGAUCGUCAACAACAUCAACCGCAUGCUCAACCACCAGGACCCCCUGCCAAUGCUUCCCAGCUACAAAAACUUCAAAGGGGUGAUUCAUGAGCUCGGUCAGAACCAGUACCUUGUCAGUGGAGAGGUGUCGGUCAUUGACAGAAACACCAUUGAGAUCACAGAGCUUCCUGUUCGGACAUGGACUCAGGCGUAUAAGGAGUCUGUGCUGGAGCCCAUGCUGCAGGGCACUGACAAAACACCAGCUCUCAUUAGCGACUAUAAGGAAUACCACACAGAUACCACCGUCAAGUUUGUGGUGCGCAUGUCUGAGGAGAAACUUGCCCAAGCUGAAACAGCUGGCCUUCACAAAGUCUUCAAGCUGCAGUCCAGCCUUACCUGCAACUCCAUGGUGCUGUUUGACCACAUGGGCUGUCUGAAGCGGUACGAUUCAGUUCAAGACAUCCUCAGGGAGUUCUUUGAGCUCCGCCUGCAUUACUACAAACUGAGGAAGGACUGGUUACUGGGCAGCCUGGGAGCUGAAGCCGCCAAACUGUCCAACCAGGCCCGCUUUGUACUGGAGAAGAUCGAAGGAAAAAUUUCCAUCGAGAACAAAACCAAGCGUGAACUGAUCCGCAUGCUCGUCCAGAAAGGCUUCGAGUCGGAUCCAGUGGCUGCCUGGGCUAAGGCUCAGGAAAAGGCCCAGGAGGAAGAUUACGACGCAAACGAUAGCGACAGCUCUGUGGACUCCGGCUCCACGUCUGGGCCGAACUUCAACUACAUUCUCAACAUGCCCCUGUGGUGCCUGACUAAAGAGAAGGUGGACGAGCUUCUCAAACAGAGGGACCACAAGAGAUCAGAGCUGAACGAUCUCCAGAGGAAAUCUUCAGAGGAUCUGUGGAAGGAGGACUUGUCGGUGUUCAUCGAGGAGCUGGAUAAAGUGGAGGCUCAGGAGCGAGAGGAGCAGAGUUCAGGAAAGGCCAUCAAACUGGUGAAGGGGAAAGUGGGCAAACCUAAAGUGAAGAAGAUGAACCUGGAGGAGACCAUGCCCUCACCAUUUGGCCGCAGGGUGGAGCCUCCGACUCAGGCGAUCAGAUCUGACGCAGCCAAGAAACUGACCAAAAAGAAGAAGAGCGACAUUGAUCCAGCGGUGAAGUUGGAGUUUGAUGAAGAUGGUUUGGGCGGCGAGGGAGCACCGGCAACAGGAGAAAACUCUGUAGCCAAACCAAAGGCUCCACGUGUCAAGAGAGAAAAGAAAGAGCCUGGAGCUCCCAGAGUGAGGAAACCUCCAGGACCCAAAGGUACCCCUGCGAAGAAGGUGAAGAAGAGAAACCCCUGGUCUGAGGAUGAUUCCAAGUCAGACAGUGACGUGGAGAACAGUAAACCUGUCAUCCCAAGAGAGACCAAGUCCCAGAGGGCAUCAGCUUCCAAGCCAAAAUACACCUUUGACUUCUCGGAGGAGGAGGACGAGGAGGAGGCGGCGGACGAAGAGGAGAACGGUGACGAUUAUGUGCCUUCUUCUCCAGUGAGGUCGUUUAAGGACGACUUCCCGUCCUCUGACACCAAGGAGCGCUUCAAUGACCAUAACGAUGACGAGGAUGACGACGAUAACGAAGACUCCUACCCUGCCCCCAAACAAAAGACCACGUCUGCGCCUGUAGCUAAAAAGACAGAGACAACCAGCAUCUUCUCGUCCAAGUCGGCCUUCUCUGAAAAAAGCAAUGACAGUGAUGGGUCCAAGUCCGACAGUGACGAUGACAGGGGCCCCGUGUUCUCCACUUACUCCAGCAGCUCUGCAUUUGACAAACUGUCGCCAGCAAAGAAAGCAGCUAAGAAACCCUCUGAUGCAGCUCCCAAACCUAAGAAGCCACCAGCACCAAAAGCAAAGAAGCCAGAUAAAUCCAUCUGGGACUCUGACUCUGACACUGGGUCCAAGAAGCCAGCACCAGCUCUUAAAGGUAAAGGCAGAGGGAGGAAGAGGAAGGCCUCCGGCUCUGAAGACGAGUACAGUCCAAUGAAGAAAGCAGCAAAACUUGUCGGCAGAAAGUCUCAGAAACCCCCAUCUGAUGACGAGGAUGAUGACAGCAACAGCCUGAGUGCUCUGAGUGCUCCGUCCCGUGACCGGCCGGGCCGGGCCAAGAAAGAGGUGAAGUACUUUGACGAGUCAGACAAUGGGGAUGAAGACGACGAUGAUGACAUGUUCGAUUAAAGCAACACACUUCAACCACACUCUGCUUGUUUGGAAGUUCCUCUUCCUUCUGUGUUCCUACAGACUUUUGUACAUUUCCUCUUUCAUUUUAUUUUCAUUAAUGGUGAUGUUCAAUGAUUUUUAAUGUGUAGGUGUUUUACACUUUUUAUUAUACAUAUACAGGUUUCUUUUUUUAUGCUCAUUGAAAUGUUCCGUAUUUGUCCGAAGCGGCUUUUAGAAGUUUAGAACGCUGUGCUUUAGCACAUUUUAAUUGUUAAAAUACUAUGUAACUUUUUGAACAUGAAGUUGAAAAUAAACAAUGAAAUGUC